AUGUCUUUGAAUAACAUUUUUAAGCAAAAGUAAAUUGAAAGAAUAAAGGAACAAUAAUUAAAUAGGUAUAAAAUAAUUAUAAUCGUAGAGAAUAAAGAGAGAAGAAAUUGGAAGAAAUAAGAAAAAUUAAGUCAGUUUAAUUCAAAGCCAGAUAAGCAAAUCGAGUAGAAAUGUUUGAAGAGAAUAAACUUAGCAAACUAAGAGAAACCUUAAAAGAGGGCAGCUACCCAAUAUUACCAAUCACAAAGCAUUCAUUCAGAGAUCGUUAUAAGGAAAAGGAGUUAGAUGGUAAUAUACUAUUAAGAAGGUAAAUGCACAUAGUAUAAUAGUCAAUUAUCAGGGAAGGAGAGAGCUAGACAAACAAUGUUAGACUUUAAUUAAGGACAUUUGGCAACAGGAGAAUUUAAUAAAGAUUAACCACAUAAGAACCAUUAUAAAUGGUUGAAAGUGGAUGAUCAAUCUAAAUAAGGAAAUCCUAUGAGAUUUGGUAAAGGAGAAAGAGUAGAGACUGAAAGAGUAAGAGGUGUGAUUUAGAAUACAACAUAGAAAGUUGAUUAUGUGGUAAUAUGUUUCAUAUACAGAAAAAAGACUUGAUGAUGUUGACAAAUCCUACAUGGAAAUAAGAUGAUAAAUCUAAAUGGAUGGAUAACAAUACUUUUAAUAUUUAUAAUAAGAAAAGAUUUGAUCCAUCAUCUUGGGAGUAACUUCCAAUAAAUUACAAAAAUUAAAGUAAUGUAUUUAUUGAAGGAUUCGAAGUUUUAGGUGAUCCUUCAAGAAAGCGAUACAAAGAAUAAGAAGUACUUAUUUAUAUUAAUUAAAAAAAAGCAUAAAAGAACUGAAUAUAUACCAACAGUAAAAGAAGAUUAAAUAGGAACUACUCUACAUAUAUCAAGAUCUUUAAGAACUUUCAAAGCUGAUUAAUUAAUUAAUGAAUAAUCUAAUUUUGAUGAAUACUCUUAGAAUACAAAAUUAAAAUAUUACAAAUCUGCUUUAAUUGAAACUAAAAGUAUUGAUCAUUAAAUACCCUAUCAACAUAGUAAUAAGUAUUAUAUAAUUAAAUUAAUUAUAGUUUUAAAUCUCUUGAUUUUAAGAAUCUUCGACCUGAACUAAAAACUAAAAUAUUUCGCAAUUCAUUAACUACAUCCACAAAAGCUUAAACUUAGAAUUGUAAUCAAACUCCAUUAAAAACAACCUAAACUAAAUUUGAAACUGAAUAAGCUACAACUGCAGAUUAUAUGCAAUCCAAACUAUCAAAAAUAUAAGAAGUUUCAUAAAAUUUAAUUGCUUCUGAUCAAAAGAUUUCAAUUAAUCAAAAGACUUUAGAGAGUGAAAACUCAAAAUCUAAGACUUAAUUUAAUAAAUAGUAAUCAUUAGAUAAUCUAAUUAAACUCAAGUAUCCAUAUCAUUAGGAAAAUGAUGAAACCACUAAGAAAAUUUUACAUGAAUAUUUUAGGUGGUAAUGAUUUAUUUUAUUUAUCAUUAUUGAAUAUAAUAAUAAUAAUGAGUAAUAUUAAAGUAUUUUGUAGAAUCAGACCAUUAAAUCAAAAAGAAACUUCUUUAAUCAAUUAUAUUAUUAGAGAUUAAACAUUACAAAUAGGUGAGUAAAAGUUUACAUUUGAUAAGAUUCUUGAUAGUAAUACAAAUUAAUAAGAAGUAUAUGAUGAAAUAGGAAAACCUAUAAUAGAUUAAAUUCUGUAAGGAUUCAAUGCUACAUUAUUAAUGUAUGGAUAGACAUCAUCUGGUAAAACUUAUACUAUGAUUGGGGAUCAAUAAUAACCAGGAAUUAUUAAAAGAACUAUUAAUGAUUUAUUUGAUGCAAUAGACAGUUCCCCAACUGAAUCUGAAUUUCGUAUUAAAAUCUAAAUUGUAGAAGUUUAUAAAGAAAAAGUUAAAGAUUUAUUAGACAUCAAUAAAUAAGAUUUAAAAAUAAGAGAGAUGGCUAAUCAAGGAUUCUACAUUCAAUAAAUUACAUAAUUAUGGGUUUGUGAUAAGGAAGAAAUUUAUAAUGCAUUAUAAAAGAGUUUGGUCAAUAGAUAAGUUGGUUAUACUAAUCUUAAUGAUAUGUCAUCUAGAUCUCAUCUUUUAUUUUAAAUGGUAAAUCUUUUUAAAAUUCUAUUUUAGACAGUCAUUAUGAAUAAUGAAAUUGAAGGAACAUCAUAUACAGGAUAAUUAAUUAUGGCUGAUCUUGCAGGUAGUGAAAAUGCAUCUAAAGCUGGAACGACUGGAAAUGCAUUAUAAGAAGGAGCAUUCAUAAAUAGGAGUCUAUUAACACUUGUAUAUCAGAAUAUUUAUAUAUUACUAGUCUAAUGUAAUAAAUGGAUUAUCAGAUAAAUAAUAACAUGUACCUUUCAGAGAAUCCAAUUUAACUAAAUUAUUAUGGAAUGGACUAAGUAAAAACUCAAUGACUUCUCUCAUUAUUACAUGUAGUCCAUGUAUUAGUAAUGAAUCUGAAACUCUUAGUACUCUUCGAUUUGGAAUCAGAGCUAAAAUGAUUAAAACAUAACCAAAAGUAAAUAAAGAAGUAACAAUAAAAGAAUUAGAAAUCUAAAAUAAUAAAUUGACUAAGGAACUUGAAGAUAAAAAUUACAUUAUCGAUCAAUUAAAAAAGGAUGAUAACAAAAUUAAAAUUAUUAAAUUUGAAGAAUUAAUAUUACAUUUACGUCAGGAAAAUCAAUUAUUGAAAGAAUAGAAUUCAUAAUAUAUUACAGAAUUAGAUAUGAAAUCCUUAGACUAUUAAGAAAUUUAAACUAAUUUAAAAAAUUCUUUACUUGAAUCUGAUCGAUUAUAAUAAUCUAAUUUAUAGUAUUUGAAAUAAAUUGAGUAAUUUCAAUUAAAUAAAGACUUAGAAAUUCAUGAAUUGAAUACUUAAAUUGAAAUUCUUAAACAACAACUUUAAUAAAAGGAUGAAAGUAUUCAAUAAUUAUCUAAGCAUUUAACAAAUAUAUAAAGAAUUUAAACAUAAAAUUCAUAAUUAUAAUUACAUGAACAUUAUGUUGAAAAAAUACACACAUAAAAUAUAGGAGAUUUACUUAAAGAAAUAGAUGAACUUAAAAAAAAGACAUUUGAAGAAAAGAGUGAAAUUAAAUAUUAAAAUAAAGUUAAUGAAAGCUAAAUCUUAGUUUUUACAAAGUAAAUAAAAAAUUAGGAAUCUGAAAUAUCUAAUUUAAAAGAGGAAGUCAAAAAUUAUUAAUUAUAGCUUAUGAAAAAUAAUGAUGAAUUACUCAAUUUAAUGAAAUAAAAUAAUAAACUUUAAAAGGAUUUAGAGAAUAGAGUAUUAAAAGUACUUUAAUUAUAAGAACAAUAUGAUUAUUUACUUGAUUAACUUAAUAAAUUAAAGAAUUAAUUAAAUUAUGAAGAGAUUGGAAUUUAUGAAGAGAAUCAAAAAUUACAUUCAUAAAUGCAAGAAAUUAAUAAAAAAUAUUUAUAAGAAGAAUCCUUAAGAAGAUCUAAUUAAUUAACAUCAAGUUAAACUUUGUAAGCAAAACUCUCAAGAAUUUAAUAACUUGAAUAGUAAUUAUAUUUAUUAUAUCUAAAGGGAAAAUUAUCAAUUAAAAUUAGAUAUUUAGAACUCAUAGAUUUUGAAAUCACAGAACAAUAAUAAUGAAUCAGUCUUUAUUUCAUAAUAUUAAUCUGUCAAUAAAGGAAGUAUGAUUUCUAAAAUAGUUAAAAAAUAAUAAAAUUAGAAUGAUUUAUAGUGA